CCCAGCUUUAAGGAACAAUUACAAGGAUUUUUAUUCCAAAGAAAUAGACUAUUGCUAUAAGUAUAUGGACUUCGUGUAUGGAUGUGUCUUAUAUUUGCCCUUUUGGUAUUGUAUGAUUCUAUGAGGAUGUUUGAUUGUAUAAAAUAAUUGAAAAAUCUGGGGUUUUGCUUACGCUGAUGACUACGGGCUUUCUUUCCUGUUUCCAUUACCACGCUACUCUGUUGGUUUGCUAUUAUCUUGGAGGCGGCAAACUGGGGGAAGGAACCUUUGAGUUCUUGGCACCUUGGAGGAAGGAGGGAAAAUGGAAGAUUUUACAAGCUCACCUGGCCUUGAAGCAAGAAUAGGAUCUGGUGCCACUGGGAGCAGAGAGGGAUGCUGGGAAAGGACUAUGCAGAAGACCCCAGCAGAAGACGCCACCAACUGGGAGGUCCAGUGCCAACGCUUCAGGCACUUCUAUUACCAAGAGGCUGAGGGACCUCGAGAGGUUUUCAGCCAGCUUCAUGAUCUUUGCCAUCAGUGGUUGAAGCCAGAAAGGCACAGCAAGAAGGAAAUGCUGGACCUGGUGAUCCUGGAGCAGUUCUUGGCCAUCCUGCCCCCAGAGAUGGAGAGCUGGGUCAGGGAAAGCGGGCCGGAGACCAGUUCCCAGGCAGUGGCCCUGGCAGAAGGCUUCCUCCUGAGCAAAAUGAAGGAAGAGCAGAGGCAGGAUCCAGUAGCAGGAGUGGCCACCGAUUUCUCUGAGGCAGAGAAGUCUUCAUCGGACACCAGAGGGCAAUCGCUGUUCAUGGGGGUCAAGCAGGAGUCCGCCCACGAGACCCCCUUGCUGGGUGACGGGUGUGAGAUUAAGACUGAGGAAGAAUUACUCAAGGUGUCAUUGGAAGACGUGGGGUGCCUAGAAAGAGAAGAGCAGAAAUGGGAAAUGGAGGUCAAGCACGAAACUGGGAUGGAGUCUUUGGCUUCUCAAAGUGGCAGCUUCCAGGAGUUCAGCGUCCAGGAAAAAACAGAUGAAGGAAAAGAAAAGGAUGUUUGGGAGAGCAAUAACAAAGCUGAAUCCUGCGAGGUGCCUUUGGAAAGUGCAGGACGUACAGAAGGAGAAGUGCAAAUAUGGAAAGUGGAAAUAAAGCAGGAAAUUUGGAGUGAAUCCUCUGCUUUUCAGAGCAGCAACUUUCAGGAAAUCCCAGCCCUAGAAAAAAGAGGAAAGGGAAAGGAAAGGACAGAUGAAAUAUGGAAAAGCAGAUCCAAGCAAAAACCACACAAGCGGUCACUGGAAGGUUCCAUAUCUAUUGAAAGAGAAGAGGAAAGGCAGAAAACUGGGAUAAGGCAGGAAACCAAGAAGGAAUCCUCUGCAUCUCAAGAUGGUAAUGUCUGUGAAAUCCCACUUCGGGGGAAAAGAGUCAAAGGGAAGGAGAGGAAUAAGUGCCAUUUGUGUGGGAAAAGCUUCAGCUGGAAAUCAAGUCUGAAUGCUCACUUGAAAAUCCACACAAGGGAGAAUCUAUACGAGUGCUCAGUGUGUGGAAAGAGCUUCAUUCAGAGUUCACACUUGACUUCUCAUCAAAGAAUCCACACAGGAGAGAAACCAUAUAAAUGCCUGGAGUGUGGCAAGAGCUUCAUUAAGAGCACAAAUCUCAUUUGCCACCAAAGAAUCCACACCGGGGAGAAACCAUUUACCUGCUCCGAGUGUGGGAAGAGUUUCUGUCAGCGGAUUACCCUCGUUCGACAUCAAAGAACCCAUGUGGGGGAGAAGCUGUACACUUGCCUGGAAUGUGGGAGAAGUUUUAGCCAGAAAGAUGAACUUGCUGGCCAUCAAAGAAUUCAUACAGGAGAGAGACCAUUUAAGUGCCUGGAGUGUGGAAUUAGCUUCAGUCGGAAUACGAGUCUUAGUUCGCAUCAAAGGAUCCACUCAGGAGAGAAGCCAUUUAAAUGCUCAGACUGCGUCAUGAGUUUUUGUGAUAAAUGGAGCCUUAAAAACCACCUGAGGGUUCAUACAGGGAAGAAAGCCUACAAAUGUUCCAAAUGUGAAGAAAGUUUUUGUAGUGCAUCGAAUCUCCUUCGACAUCAGCGGCUCCACACAGGGGAAAAGCCUUUUAAAUGCUCCGAGUGCGGGAAGCGUUUCAGUCAGAGUGAACAACUCACAACACAUAAAAGAAUUCACACAGGGGAGAAACCAUACAAAUGUUUAGAGUGUGGGAAAGGCUUCCGAUGCAGGUCUGCUCUUACUUCCCAUCAAAGAAUCCACACAGGAGAGAAACCAUUUAAGUGUUCAGAAUGUGGGAAGUGUUUCAACAGAAGCACAAAUCUUACUGUGCAUCAACAAGUCCACACAGGUGGAAAUUCACACAAACCUAUGGCGUGUGCAGAGAACUUCCAGCCCACCACGCUGUGUACAGUUCAAUCCCAAUGCUGAAAAGUAUUGCUUUUAUUUGAUGGUGUAUUAAAGAUGUGUUGCAUGCAACAGCACAGAUACUAUCUCAGUUUCUAUUAGGGAAUGAACUGCAGGCAGCAGAGAAAUCUCCUUUCUCCUCUGCAUAUCCAAUCAUGGUGACCAGAUUUUGUUCCAGUGUACUUGUGUUGGUAGCACCAGCAAGGACUGUUUUUAAAGUUCAUGUUAUUUAUGUACUGACUUGAUUUAUCAUCUGUCUUUUAUUAAAUUGAACUCCAAAGAG